AUGAGUCGAAUCAGCGGACUUUGUUUAAUUCUCGCGAGCUGCCUAGGCGUGGCACUCGGAGACGCUCUGACGACGACGUUCCACGAGUGGACUGUCGACGAGACCCUGCAUGAGUUUCGCGACCGCGCCCUGAGGGGACACACUCUUCGCGACAUCGAGGGUGUCAAGCUGCUGCCGCUAUGCGCUCGCUUCUGCCUCAACGAUCAUACCUGUCAGAGUUUCAAUUUUCACCUGGCCGAGGAACUGUGCGAGCUUAACAACGUGACGCACGCCGAGUCGCCGAACGACGUACGCGACGAGAGCGGGUCAGUCUAUUACCCGCGGACGGCGUUCAGCGUAGACGCGAGGGCGUUCAGCCAUUGCGCUAGCCAGCGUUGUCCUAGCGGAGGCGUCUGCAUCGACGGUUGCUAUGGCAGCGAAGACAGCUUUUGCAUCUGCCCGGGCGAUAACGGCAGGACGGACGAUUGCGCGGAGCGAGGGUUACCGACCUGGGCCGAGUGGGCAUCGUGGACACCGUGCUCCGUGUCCUGCAGCGAAGGGUUCCACAAGCGCGAGCGCGUCUGUCGCGACCCGGCCAAUCCGACCAAGGUCCUGCCAGACGACACAUGUGGCGGCUUCAGCUCGGAGACGGAGGUGUGCUACGCCGGAAAGGAAUGUCCCUAUUGGACACACUGGACUAGCUGGUCCUACUGCACCACCUUCAACACGUGCGGAGAAGGCAUCUGCAGUCGUGAGAGAAGGUGCACGAAUGACGGCAUCAUCGACACCGACCCUAACUGCAAAGGUAGACAGGAGCAAGAGACGCAGUGCAAGGCCGUGGAUUGCUUUAGUCCCGUGAGACUGAGCAGUGACACACAGCUGUACGGCGAGGGACGCGUGGAGGUCUACGACAGCAUCGUCGGUGACUGGGGCAAGGUGUGCAGCAACGGCUGGGACUCGGCCGACGCCAACGUCAUCUGCAGGCAGUUUGGCUUCCCUGGUGAAGCCGAGGUGUUCAUUGAGUAUGGAGAGGGCAUUACUCCUUACAUCAUGGAGGGUGUCAACUGCAAGGGAGACGAGUGGACUAUACAGAGCUGCGAACACAACGGUUGGCGCAUAGCUUCUUGCAUCAACGGCACAGCGGUUGGAGUCAAGUGCAAGGUUAACGGCGGCUGGGGCACGUGGGGAGAGUGGGGCGCCUGCUCGGUGACAUGCGACAACGGCACGUCGGUGCGCAAGCGAGAGUGCGACAAUCCGCCACCAAUGCGCGGUGGCGCUACCUGUGAGGGAUCAAGCAAGGAGGAGAGACCGUGCGUUGGCUUCAAAUGCGCAUGGUGGUCCGACUGGGAAGACUGGAGCGAGUGCAGCGCCACCUGUGGCGGCGGCGGGCGAAACCGCAGCCGGACGUGCAACGGCGUUGUCAAGGACUGCAAGGGCAACUACACGGAGAUACAGGAAUGCAACACUCACUUCUGCCCCGUCGAUGGAAUAUGGAGCACCUGGCUGGACUGGAUGGAAUGCAACGCGAGCUGCAACGGCGGCGUGCACAUGCGCAAGCGCGAUUGCGUCGGUCCGUUCUACAGCGGAAAGAACUGCACGGGAACGAACAUGGACCUAGCCAAAUGCAACACGCACUCCUGCCCGGUCGAUGGCAUUUGGAAGGAUUGGCAGGAUUGGCGCGCUUGCCACGCCACUUGCGGCGGAGCGCUGCAGUUCCGCUCUCGCCACUGCAGAACACCCAAAUAUGGCGGCCGCGACUGCAUUGGUCUGUCGCAAGAAGUGCGAGCCUGCAACGAGGAACCUUGUCCAGGCAACGAGGCGUGGCUGCUGGAAUUCAGCUCGUGGGCGCCGUGGACGGCGUGUAACACGAGCUGCGGCGGCGGCUCUCAGGUGCGCAGCCGAGCCUGCAGCAUCCCCUUCGCGAUGCGAAAUACUACACGCAACUGCACGGGCCUGUUCGUCGAGCAGCGCGCCUGCAACGACGAGUACUGCCCAGUGGACGGCAGCUGGGUGACGUGGAAUCCGUGGCAGGCGUGUAACAGGACGUGUGGCGGCGGCCGGCGGCUGCGCACGCGCCUCUGCUACGCUCCCAUGUACAACGGCGCUGACUGCGUGGGCGACAACACCGAUUCGGAGUCGUGCAACGAGCACGCGUGUCCAGAUGCGGGCACGUGGAGAGAGUGGGAGUCGUGGUCACCGUGUACGGUCAGCUGCGGACGCGGUCACAGACACAGGAGUCGAGGCUGCAACGGCGCCGGCGACGGCAUCCAGUGUCCGGGAGAGACGUACGAGUCGCAGCCGUGCCGCAAGAGAGCGUGUCCGCAGCCGCCGCCGCUAGGAACCGCUAGUAGAAUAAGACCCGAAGAUGGUUACUGGCUCGCCUGGCAACCGUGGACACCGUGUAGUGUCAGCUGCGGCUGGGGAAACCACACACGCAGCCGCCAUUGCGUCGGUCCCUACCACGGUGGCGACCCCUGUAAUGGUACGGAGGACGAUGGGCGCUCCUGCCACGAGCGCGAAUGCCCCGUCGACGGGUUCUGGCAAGAGUGGUCCGACUGGGUCUCAUGCAACGUCACCUGUGGCGGCGGCCAGCAGACGAGAGUGCGAGAGUGCCAGGCGCCGCUACACGAUGGCAUAGACUGUGGCGGCGACGCCGAACAAGAGCGCAGCUGUAACGACCAGCCAUGUCCAAUCGACGGCGAGUUAGAAGAAUGGUCGGACUGGAGCGAGUGUACUGUCACCUGCGGCGGAGGAAUACAAAAUAGAUCCAGGUCGUGCGUCGGCCCAUUCUAUGGCGGCCUCGAAUGCCUUGCCGCUCUAUCAGAAACGCAAAAAUGUAGAGAGAAUUAUUGUCCAAUCGACGGCGUGUGGCGCGAGUGGAGCGAGUGGACCGAAUGCGUGGUAACCUGCGGAGGGUCGGUGCAGAGUCGGCAGCGCGGCUGCACCGGUCCGUACUACGGCGGUGCCGACUGCGAUGGAGAGACGCUAGAAGAGCAAGUGUGCAACACGAACCCGUGCCCAGUCAAUGGAGAGUGGCAGGAAUGGGGCGAGUGGACGGAGUGUACGUUAACGUGUGGAAGCGGAUCCCAGGACCGGGAGCGAGAGUGCACGAAGGCUCUACACGGAGGCUUCAACUGCUCGGGCAAUGCCACGAACAGCCGGAUAUGCAACACACAAUUCUGUCCAAUUGACGGCGUUUGGCGGCAGUGGAGCGAUUGGAGCGAGUGCAACGUCACCUGUGGAGGAGGACAGUCCUACAAGAACCGCUCCUGUAGCGGGCCUUACUACUCGGGGCUUGACUGCCAGGGUCCCAGCACGGAGCACAAGUCGUGCAAUGAACACCACUGCCCAGUUGACGGUGUCUUUACGCCGUGGACGGACUGGUCGGAAUGUUCGGUCACGUGCGGCGGCGGCUGGCAGAACCACUCGCGAGAGUGCGUGGGCACGAUGUACGGUGGUCGGCCGUGUCCGGGCAACUCCAGCGAGGAGCGGUUGUGUAAUGAAAAUCUUUGCCCAACCAUGUGUGGAAUGGAUUUGGCCUUACAGGGCCUGUCCACAGACCAAAUCGGUAGAAAAGCCCGCAUGGAACUGAAGAGUUCCUGGACGCAGUGGAGUGACUGGAGCGAUUGCAGCUCCACAUGUGGCAGCAGUGCCAAGCAGAGCCGUCGGCGCGAGUGUAUCGUAAGGGAGACGACGUGCGUUGGUUCUGAUGGCGAAGCACGUCUCUGCAGUCUUCAUCCAUGUCCCGAAGACGGUCAGUGGAGUGACUGGUCGAAGUGGAGCGAAUGCAGCGCCACCUGCGGUAGUGCGUCGCACACGAGGUACAGGGUAUGUGAGGGUCGGGCGCACGGCGGACUGGACUGCGCAGGCGCGGCGACGGAGCGGGCGUCGUGCGACAGUGUCGCCUGUAGCGAACUGGAAUCGUAUGGAAGUUUUAAGGAAUCAUUAGAAGCAAUGUUCAGCGUAGAGUCUUGUUCGGCUGCUGAGAUAUUGUACUUUGUUGUCCAAGUCGAUGGUUUCUGGCAUCCCUGGAGCGAGUGGACAGAGUGCACGGUGUCUUGCAAUGGUGGCAAGCAGGCUCGGUUUAGAGAGUGCGUAGAGGAACAAUAUGGCGGCGUGCCAUGUCGCGGUGAGACCACCGAGAAUCGACCGUGCGGAAAUGACAAAUGUCCAGAACUGAAAUCGUAUGGAAGUUUUAAGGAAUCAUUAGAAGCGAUGUUCAGCGUAGAGUCUUGUUCGGCUGCUGAGAUAUUGUACUUUGUUGUCCAAGUCGAUGGUUUCUGGCAUCCCUGGAGCGAGUGGACAGAGUGCACGGUGUCUUGCAAUGGUGGCAAGCAGGCUCGGUUUAGAGAGUGCGUAGAGGAACAAUAUGGCGGCGUGCCAUGUCGCGGUGAGACCACCGAGAAUCGACCGUGCGGAAAUGACAAAUGUCCAGUGGAUGGAGUGUGGCGGUCGUGGACGUCGUGGGAGAGGUGUUCUGUCUCCUGUGGUGGGGGCGAAAACAGCCGGAGCAGGACUUGUAUAGGUCCCUUCCACGGUGGUGCCGCCUGCGAUGGCAACAGUUCUGAGUGGGGAAAUUGCAGCUCGAACCCUUGUCCUGUGGACGGCGCCUGGCUCGACUGGUCCGAGUGGACGGGUUGUAACGUGCCCUGCGGCGGCGGAACAACGAGACGCAAUCGCACGUGCGUCGAGCCGCUAUACGGAGGUUAUCCGUGUCGAGGGGACCCCGUCGAAAUCCAUCCCUGCAACACCGCCCCUUGCGCAGUCGACGGCGUGUGGGAGGAAUGGACUCAUUGGACCAACUGCACGUUGUCGUGUGGCGGCGGUGAGCAAUGGCACAGCCGCAGGUGCGAGGGGCCGUACCACGGCGGGGCGGACUGUGCGGGACCAACGAACGUGACGAGGGCCUGCAACACUCACAACUGUGCAGUCGAUGGAAGAUGGCGGGCGUGGUCGGAUUGGAGCAUGUGCACGCUUGAGUGUGGCGGCGGUGAAGGGCGAAGAAACAGAACGUGCGUGGAACCGCUGUACGGAGGCCGUCCGUGUGGCGGUAGAGAGAAGGAGACACGACCGUGCAACGAACAUCCGUGCGCGAUUGACGGAGUCUGGCGGCCAUGGGCAGCGUGGGAGGCGUGCAACGUCUCGUGUGGCGGCGGCGUACAGAUGAGACGUCGAUCGUGCUUCGGACCGCUGCAUGGCGGUGCCGAGUGUCCGGGAUCGCCGCACGACUCCCGACGUUGCAACGAUCAGGCGUGUCCGAUCGACGGCGUGUGGCUUGAGUGGGCGCCGUGGGACAUCUGCCCCGUGUCCUGCGGAGGAAGCGAGGAGUCGCGCAUGCGCGAUUGCAACGGACCUUACUACGGUGGCGGCCCCUGUGUCGGAAAGGCUCAACAAACGAGGGCCUGCAACGAUCAUCCGUGUCCAAUCGACGGUAAGUGGUCCAGCUGGGGCGGAUGGACAGAAUGUUCCACGAGCUGUGGAGUUGGAUUCGUCAACAGGAGUAGGGUAUGCGUUGGCCCGUUCCACGAAGGCAAGCUGUGCUCGGAGAAUCACACGGAAACGGCCGAAUGCAACGAGACGCCAUGCCCGAUUCCCGGCGAGUGGUUCGAGUGGGGACCGUGGGGCCGCUGCAGUGUGUCCUGCAUGGGCGGGUUACGCUCGCGCAAGCGGGAGUGCGACAUGGACUCCUACGGAGAGAUCACGGCUCCGUGUAUAGGCAAGAAGGACGAGAUUGGCGAAUGCAACAAGCACGGAUGCAGUGUAAGGAACUGCGCGGAUCUGGUUAACAAGGCUCAGGACGAGGUGAUCAGUGGCUACUACGGCAUAGAUCCCGAUCAGGAAGGACCGCUGCAGAACUUCCCCGUCUGGUGUGACACCUUAACGGAUCCUACAGGAAUCACGGUUAUUCAUCAUAACUCUGAGGAGCGCGAUCUGGUCAGAGAUUAUGAAGGUGCUGGCGAAUACCAGCGAGUCAUCAAGUAUGCGAAUGCGAGCCUUGAUCAGGCGCAAGCGCUCGUCGACCUGUCGACGAAGUGCACCCAGUUCGUGAAGUGGGAAUGCCUGUCGGCGGCCAUCAACCACCCGGACAAGCAACUGAAGCUCACCUACACCGUGAACCGCUUCACGGAACCGAUGGACUACUUCGGCGGUGCCGAGCCGGGCAGCAACAUGUGCGCGUGCGGCAUGUCGAACUCGUGCGCCGUGCCGGGAACCGUCUGCAACUGCGACGCCAACGACAACGUGUGGCGCGCCGACAGCGGCAACAUCACCAACCGCGAAGACCUGCCGCUCGCCGAGUUCCGCGCAGGAGACACGGGAUCAACGAAUGACGAAGAGUGGGAGAAGGAGGAAGGUUAUCACACUAUCGGCCCACUAAGAUGCAGCGGAUUAAACGAGGACUGGAACUUCUUCUUCUAGAAAAAAUAAAUGGUCACCACCUUCCUCCCUUCUUCCACCACAGAAGAACAUAGAUGCCGAUUUAGGACAAAAUGUCACGUCACGGUGUGGAACCCGUAGGUGUAUGCAUCAAUAACCGUGCCAGGCGUCACCGUAACGCUCGUAACCAUAGCAACCCUUCCUUCGGAAUAAUGCACGCACAAGAUGGCAGCGCGCGCAGACGAUAGACAGCGCUACGCUGCGGAAUUGACCCCACCCAAUGGGAUAGUGACCCGGAACUGAAUUCGACGACGAAACGGAAGAAGAUCGUAAUCAUUAGUAGCUGCCGUUCCCUGCAGGCUGGGCCGUGCCACGUUCAACUGAUAGGUUCUCACCCUCGUGAAGGGAAUGGUGUAAUCUUCAGCGGCUGCCCAACCCCUUGUUACAUGCGCAACCCGAUACAGGUCGAUUACAACUACUUUCCGUGAAAAUUCGGCGAGUUCUUGGAUCCUUGUGUCGGUCCUGCAAGGCGUGAUAUGAUCACGGAUGUGAGAUUGUUUCGAGGGGGCAAGGGUCGCUCCAGAGGUGGCAUCUCCCUAACGUGUCCGCUAUUCACCUUUGAUAUUUAUCGUGAUUCUAUGACGUCGGCACUUUUUUACGUGCCCGAAUGUAAACGCACUCACUGUACAUCCUGUACAUUCUGCAUGUGUGAAGAUAAACAUAAUAUUUUUCUGUGUAAAUUCACCGUCGUCGUCACUAGGUUGAGACCCUGGAUGGAAUGUGAUGGCGUGUAGAUUUACGGAAUAGCAACAUUUGUUGGUUUUCGGGUGAGUUAUGCCUAUUCGCAGAAAGCCUCGAUGAUUGCUUUGCUUUCGGUGAUGUUGUUGUAUUAAAUUUAAAAAAUCAAAUAAUGGUACGGCAGUUGAGCCUCUGUUGAGUGCGAUGGGCAAUGUCAUAACGUUUCUCACGAAUUGUGUUGUUAGAUUUCAAUCUAGAAUUUGAACAUAUUUUAGCAAAGAUUGUUUCGAUGAUAAUUUAAUGAAGAGUUCUGCUAUAUAUCAACGCAGGUUGUUGUGCGUUAACUGAGAAUGCUGUUAUAUUUUUAUUAUCACACCCGUUUGAUAAACGACAUCUGUUAUUACUUGUUAUUCUACUACGUACUUUAGUUUUGUAAUAGUGCAGUUCCUGUGCAGUAGAGAUUAAAUUAAUAUAGCUGUUGGUGGAAACCUAAAAGGUGGACGUGGCCUUGGCUAUGGCAGUGGAAUGGCAUAAAAGUAUAUAUGUACAGUCAGUCACUUUGUGUCGAUCCUUGUUUUGCAUUAUAAAAUUCAAACGCCGCGAAUGCGCACUCAUUGAAAAGGAUCAAGGAGAUGCAAUAUUCAAGCAACAUUUGGAAAUGAAAUUGGUAAAUAUGCCCAACGCUACAAAUCGUACGAAACGUAACGAAACAUUGUUAUCGUAUAUUAAAUUGAAUUAUUUAUUCCGUAAAAAUAGAUUUUUGGCUUGCAAUCAAUA